AUGACAGAAAUCGACUUCGGUCAACCCCUUCCUAGCAACCUGGAGUAUGCAGUUUCCUUUGGAAUCCCUACAUGGAGGACUGCACUUGGCUAUGUGGAAAAAGACCCGAUAGUAAUAGAAAAAAUGGCAACGGGAUAUCCCAGAUAUUUCCCCCAACCCCCUAUUCAAAAGCUCUGUAAGUAUUUCGUGAAAAAAUUUGGAAAGAAUUCUGAGGAUUGUCGCCCUUUUCCUUCUCUCAAGGAGGCCGAGGAGUGCUUGAUGUUUAUAAAAUCAGUCACGGGAUCUGAGAGUACUGCCCAUCUUGCGGUGGACACCUUCAAGCUCGCGGAUAAUGAGAGUGCGAAAUCUGGGGAAAACAACACAUUGUGUAUAAGAAUAGCCGCUGUCUUGGCGGCGGGCGAUGAAUUCAAUCACGUUAAAGAGUACUGGAAAUUAAGAGGUGAAUGCGUAUCUAGCCGCUUAGCAGAUCUGCUCAGUAAGUCUUUUAUGGAGACAGAGUCAUUCUCAAGUCAAGUAAAUCAUGGGUUGGAAGAGAGGGUAUUGUCUGCUCAGAGUUCUGGUGAAAACGCCAAAAUAUUAAUAAAAAGAAGAAUAGCAGACAAUCAUUUUAACCCAUUCGGCUCGGGAAAAAAUAGUGCGGCCUUGGAUGUUGAGAAAGUAGACCCUGAAAAAGUUGUGUAUCUGGUGUCGAGUGGCAUGUCUUCCAUUUUCACUGCUCGUAGGUUUCUGACUCAUUGGGAAGAAAGCAGAGCAUCCAAAUAUUCUUCGAGUCACGAAAAUACUAGCAAGGACCAAAAUACUUCUGUUUGCAAUACAGCAGCGAUAUUUGGCUUUCCUUUUAAGGAUACCCAAGUAAUCCUUAGGACAUUUGGGACAUGUAAAUUUUAUGGCUUUGGAGAUUCGAGGGAUAUCGACAGCUUGAAGAAUUAUUUAGACGCGCCGGGUAAUCGUAUACUGGCUGUUUUUAUUGAAACACCCUCUAAUCCUUUAUUAAACAUGCCCGAUUUAAAAAAGCUGAGAAAGCUAGCAGAUAAGUAUGGUUUUUUCAUUGUAAUCGAUGAUACCAUAGGAGGCCUUAACGUUGACGUAUUAGGCUAUGCGGAUAUUAUUUGUACUUCACUGACCAAACUCUUCAACGGAUCUAGCAAUGUCAUGGGUGGCUCAGUGAUUUUGAAUCCACAAUCCUCAAUAUAUUCUUCUGCGCUCGAUUUCUUUUCGAGUCAUGAGUUCGAAGAGCUAUUAUGGCUUGAAGACGCCGUAGUCCUUGAAGAAAACUCCAGAGAUUUUGAAGAUAGGACUAUACGUGCUAACGAAAAUACCGAAAAGCUGAUAUAUGGACUGCUAUUAGCGCAACAAGGUGACAUUUUUAAAAAAAUAUAUUAUCCUGCUUUGAGUUCGAAAGAAACCUUCGAAAACUAUGAGGCCGUUCGUAACGAAAAAGGUGGCUACGGGUGCUUAUUUUCUAUGUCUUUUUUUAAUGAACUAGACGCUGGAGUGUUUUACGAUUCCUUGAAGGUAUUCAAAGGACCUUCGAACGGAACUAAUUUUACUUUGGCAUGUCCAUAUGUACAGCUGGCUCAUCAUUCCGAGUUAGAAGAAGUAUCUGAGUUUGGCGCAGAUCCUAACUUUGUAAGAGUGAGCGUAGGCUUAGAAGAUAGCAAAUGGUUGAUAGAGGUGUUCUCAGCUGCGAUUGAAGCUGUAAAGCAAAGGUAUCAUAGCAAGGUCUGA